UAGGGGAAAGUAAUUAAAUCAUAAUGGAUUCAACGUUUGGCAAUGUAUUUCUCUUUCUCACUGACUUGGCAUGGAAGAGUCGUCUGACCAUACCAGUGCUAGUCACUACAGCCUUUCUGGUCAUGGACAUACGACUGCAGAUUGAGAUAAAUAUACAAACUGGUCAAGUGAAUGCUAGUGAUCUUGAAGAUUCCGACGAUGACGGCUAUGAUGAACACUUGGCCGCACACGGAGCACACGGAGUGGAUGAGGAGAGCGAUGCCUAUUCCGAUGAACUCGAGGAAUAUAAUAGCGAGUACACCAAUGGAGAUGGCAACAGCAGCGAGGCAUCACGCUUUAGCUUGGGAAUCUAUGACGACUUAGGCUCCGAGUACGACGUCGAGAAUGAUCCCGAAGAUUUCGACGACUACUAUGUGCACGGGGAACAUUACUAGCCAAACGUCGAGUAUAAAUUUUAAGAGUAAAAUGUAAUUGUAGAUGGAAAAUUUACUUAUUAUUUAGUUUGAAUGCUCUCGUAUAUAUAUAAUCGUAUAUAAUAAUCGCAAUUUUACUUAUGUACAUAUAUAUUUCAUUCAAGACAAACAUUUUUAUUGUCGGUUACAUGUACAAUUUGAUCAAUUCAUCGCUUACAGCCGAUGGCGUCAGAAUCCCCAGAUCUGUAAAGAGUAGCGUUAUAUAUGCAGGGGGUGUGUAGUCAACCAGAGGAUGCACCUUUGACACGUCAUUUAAAUGCUUGCGCGAGUACUAAUAAAAUGCACUGUGUUAAUUAAUAUUCA